GAUUUAUCCAUUUUCUUGGUGCGAGCAUAGCGAUACCGCGUUGCUACCAUUAAAUACAAGAAUGCCAUAUUGAUUUUCUCCCAGAAUGCCUUGGAUUUUAUAGAUGCAGAAAGCUCUGGACAACUAGUAAAGAAUUUCUGGUCAUUUUAAUCAACAUCUGUCGGGUUCUAGAUUGACCUGCACAAUGAGGGCGGCUAUUGUGGUACUGUCGAUGUUUGCAGUAGCUCUGUGUGCCCCUACCGGAGAGAAAGCCGAUAUACUAGACGUAGAUAGCGACGACAUGCGUGUGAAAAGAGCCAAAGAAAUAAUGAUGUUUGGAAAUCAACAAAAUGAACAACAAAAAGACAAAGCCAAACGGGGAGAUCCAGAAGAAAAUGUUGAUGAAAAGGGCUACAUCAUAGCUAACGAACCAACGGAUUUAGUGGAUGAGGUCUCCGACAACGCUGAUGUCGCUGAUGUCGCUGAUGAAACAGUGAGUGAUACUGAAGAAAUAAAGGAAACAGAAAAUGGAGAUAGUACUGAGACAGAAGAGCUAGAAAGUCAGGAAACAGAGACAACUCAGCAAGAUAAUUUUGAAUCCACAGACACAGAGGAAAUGGAACAAAACACAGCAUUGGAACCCAUCAAUGACAACUGGGAAAACUACUUGAAAGAACUUGAAGAAAUGCAAGGAGACAAUAGUAAUUUAUCUCCAUAUUUCAACAGUCUCCUUAAAGGCACGAGAGAUCCGUAUUGGAACCAGCAGGAUGCAUACCGUUACCUUAACAGUUAUAAUUCCAAAUACGACAAUUAUCAACGUAAACGAAGAAGCCAACUUCGGGCGAUGAAAAACAUGCGAUUUCCUAUACUAAAGCGUGCACACAGAGCCAAGCGACAAGCAUAUUAUGUACCAGAUGCCCAGGGAUAUUUGCCGUACGAUGAAAGGCUUCUAGACACACAAUACAACAAGUAUCCAAUGACAGAGGAGGAUUUAGCAGAACUUUUAGACCUUCUAGAUGGCUCGUAUGAUGACACCGAAUACAUCAACCCAUACGAAGGAUAUGCACCAUACGACGAAAUGGGCGAUGUUGAAUUUGAAUCUCCAAUCUACAUGCCAAAACGACAGGCGGGCCUUACGUUUGUGCCAGGCAUCAAGAGAAAUCCAGAGUUUUAUCCAUAUUUCACUGAACCUUAUGCUCAUUUCCAGGCUUUCGUGCCCGACAAGAGAUCUUUAAGAGAUGAAGCUGAUGCAUAUGACGCAUACGCUAGAGUAAUGGAGCUAGCAGCUGCACUCAGAGACCAAAAUUAUUACCCAGAGGAAUAUUUUGAGGGAUACAGAAGAAGAAAGUAGAAAUAGUUUAACAGUAUCGUCAGAGAUGUAUUGUGAUACCUUCCGUACGUUCCUCUUUGUGAUCAUUCUAGCUUUAUUUAAGUGAUUAUUAAAUGUUCCUAUAAUGUUCUAUGACAUUGUCCAGCCGUUUGCUUGUAUAAAGCAGUUUAUGUUUGAUAGUGGUGUUCAGAUAUUGCCGAUUUUCUGAGACGAGCAAAAGCAAAGAAUACAUGAUAAAGUCAAUGGACAAGAAGUCAAACUUUAGUUCAAUAUAUAUAUGUAACAAAUUGCAUACAUCUUUAUAGAUAAUCAGUAUCACACAUAUAUUAUGACGAUGACCAGGAGUUUUAAUUGCAUGUACGAAAAUCUGAAAAGAGAGAACGGAAUUUUAUCAGUGAAUUGUAUACAGCUCUGACUUCUCGUUACUUUCAUAUGGCAGUUAUACCAGAUGGAUUUUAUGAUGAAACGUGAGAAACUCAUUGAAAAUAAAACAAUGAAAUGUGGUUACAACAGAAUUAUUACAUGUAACUUUUACUUGUAACAGAAAUAUUUAAUUAUCGUUUAAUUAGAUGAACAUGAAUAAUGACUGCCUUAAUUUAUGUUUAAUCAAAAAAAAAUCUGCCUUUAUAACAAACAAUUGAAAUAAUGUAUGAACUGUAUGUUGUAGAUACUUUAUAAAAAGGCGAAGUUUAGAAAGAUAUUUUUCUGUUUUCUUUCAAAAUGUUAAUACUGUCAAAAUGUUAAUACUAAGGUGCAAUUACUAAAAUAGAAUUACAUUGUAAUUACCAUUUUGAAAAUGAUAAUUUUCCAAUAAAGAUAAGUUUAUUUCGUUUCA